AUGAUGGUGAACACUGACCAUGAUUCCCAUGUUUAUCCCCUCAUCCUCACAGUAACCCAGGAGGGAAGGGCCGGGCCCUGGGUGAAGAGCAGCAGGGCUCUGGUGUUACAGGAGCCAGUGGUCUUCAAGGACAUAGCCCUGUACUUCACCCAGAAGGAGUGGAAGCUGCUGAAGCCUGCGCAGAAGGACCUGUACAAGGACGUGAUGCUGGAGAACUACAGGAAUUUGGCCUCCCUGGUAGGGUGUCAUUUCUUCAAGCCAAGCUUGGUCACCAGGCUGGAGCAAGGCAUCGAGCCCUGCGUGGAGGAGAGACCCAGCCCCGGAGGCCCCGCGCCAGAGGAGGACAAGGGAGGUGCGACGAGCAAGGGCACUGCGGGCAAGAAGACGACGCAGCAUAAACCAAAGACAAAACCGAAGAAGCCAGGCAGUUCUAAGAGUCCACUGCAGGAGAAGGCAAAGGAAACUGUCCGAAGUGGUGCCCCGCAGAGUGCUAGGGCAGAAAGGGCCUCGGGAAGGAAGGGCAGACCCCCAGGUAACCAGAAAGCUGGCUCCAGGCGGAACACAAGAGCAGGGAAGAACCUCUCCCCUGCUCAGAAAGAGCGUGAGCCUGCCACCCCCAAGGAGCCUUCCAGCCAAAAGUUGGCCAACUCAGCUCCCCCAAAGGAACCAUCCAGCCAGGUCCCUGCAGCCCCCCGCAAGGAACCUUCAAGCCAGGCCACCGCAGCUCCCCCGAAGGAACCUUCCAGCCAAAAGCUGGCCAACUCAGCUCCCCACAAGGAACCUUCCAGCCAGGUGCCUGCAGCUCCCCACAAGGAACCUUCAAGCCAGACCACCGCAGCUCCCCCGAAGGAACCUUCCAGCCAAAAGCUGGCCAACUCAGCUCCCCUCAAGGAACCUUCCAGCCAGGCCGCUGCAGCUCCCCGCAAGGAACCUUCAAGCCAGGCCACCGCAGCUCCCCCGAAGGAACCUUCCAGCCAAAAGCUGGCCAACUCAGCUCCCCGCAAGGAACCUUCCAGCCAGGCCGCUGCAGCUCCCCGCAAGGAACCUUCAAGCCAGGCCACCGCAGCUCCCCCGAAGGAACCUUCCAGCCAAAAGCCGGCCACCGCAGCACCAACACCAAAGAAAACCGCAAAGAAAACCCGUCAAGGAAAGAAGACCCCAGAAAAGGGCACUCGUAAGAAAACACAGGGCACCAGGGGCUCCAAAAAGCACCAGAGCCCCCGAAAGGGUAAGAAUCACUUUAAAUGCAAGGAAUGUGGAAAGACCUUCAACCAGACCCUGCACCUGGUGGAGCACGAGCGCAUCCAUACCGGGGAGAAGCCCCACAAGUGCGGCGUGUGCGGGAAGUCCUUCCGCCACAGCUGGUACUUCUUCACGCACCGCCGCAUCCACACCGGCGAGAGGCCCUACAAGUGCAAGGAGUGCGGGAAGGCCUUCAACAGCAGCUCCACGCUCAGCAGCCACUUCAGGAUCCACACGGGCGAGACGCCCUUCAAGUGUGAUGAGUGCGGGAAGACCUUCAAGCAGAGCACCAAGCUCACGCGCCACCGCAGGGUGCACACCGGGGAGAAGCCCUACAAGUGCGACGCCUGCCACAAGUGCUUCGGCCGCAGCUCCUCCCUGAGGGAGCACAAGAGGAUCCACACCGGGGAGAAGCCCUACCGCUGCUGCGAGUGUGGCAAGACCUUCCGGGUCAACGCGCACCUGGCGGAGCACCGGCGGCUCCACCAGGCCGAGAAGCCGCACAAGUGCCAGCAGUGCGGAAGGCACUUCCGCAACGGCGCCCACCUGUCGGAGCACCAGCAGAUCCACGUGCCGGGCGCGCGCCAGGACUGCCCCGAGUGCGGGAAGGCCUUCCCCAGCAAGGCGGCCCUGCUCAAGCACCAGAAGAGCCACGGGGAGGACGCCCUGCACCGCUGCCAGGGCUGCGGGAAGGCCUUCCGCUGCAAGUCGAGCAUCAUCAGGCACCAGCGGCUGCACGCAGGCGAGAAGCCCUUCGUGUGCCCCGAGUGCGGGAAGGGCUUCACCGACAGGACCACCCUGAAUAACCACCGCAGGGUCCACGCCGGAGACAGGCCGGAUCCCUGCGCGCAGUGCGGGAGGGCCUUCAGGCACCAGGCCUCCCUGGCGCUCCACCAGAAGAUGCACGCCAGGAAGAUUCUCAACCAGAAAGUGCGCGCAGGAAAGGGACAGUGAGCGCCAGCCCUGAGAGAGCCUGUCCAGGACCCACCCGGAGCCACCGGCAAGGUCAGAAUGAGGGAGACUGUCCGACGCACCCUGCUUGGUUCCCAUCAAAGUUUCUGGCACACCAGCGGUUCCCGACAGGCAGGUCUUCCUCCCAGAACGUCCCUGCAGUGUCAAGAGACAUUUUUGGUCGCCUGGGAGGUGCUGCUGGCAACUGGCAUCUACGGGUAGAGGCCAAGGAUGCAGAAAAAAGUCCUACAACAUGACAAGCAGGCUCCUCACCACCCAAGAACAAAGAACACCCUGCCCACUUCAAGCAAAAGCCCUGUGGAUAACUGAGUUUGAGAGGGAACUCGGCUCUUUUUCUGUGCUGUCCAACACAAUAACCACUAGCAAGGUGUACAUACUUACCUUUAGAGGAAUCAGCAUGGAGUAAAAUUAAAUGCAAUCUCUUUAAUGCACCAAUCACACGUCAGUGUCAGUGGCCGGUGGCUGCUGCAUGGACCCUGGGGACAAAUAGCCUGCCGAGCUUCGUGGAAGCUUCUCCUCAGCACCGGUUGAGAUCUCAAUUGUCAGAAAUCUCACAUGGGAUGGUUCUGAGAAAGUAAGAAAGGGGGUGCAACCGCGAGACACUGAAUUUGUAUCUCCUUACAGUCGAUUGUCGGGUUUUGUGAACGGCUUUAGGAGAGUGUCCUGGGGCCCCGGAAGCUCUGGGCACUUUCAGAUCUCAAGCUGGCUGGUCCUCCACAGGACACCUGCCUGUGGUCAGGAAGGAACAGUCAGCAGAUUACUGACAGUGUUGCUGAUACAGGCCAGCCUUUGUGGGGCCUGUCUGUCUAGCACGGUCCUGAGCUCUUUAUCUCAAUUAUCGUAGCCAGUUCUCCUGUGCAGCCUAGGAAACAGGAAUUUUUAUGGUCCCCAAUGUUUAAGUGAGGAAACCACGGCUUUUGAGAGCUUUUGUUUUUUUA